UUCUGGAUCUGGAAUUUCAUGAGUGCAAUAUCUAACAGUAUCAUUGUUGUUUUUAUCUUAUCAUAAAAGGAAGCUGAAUAUAGGGACGGCGGUUUUUCAAUGUUAAUUGCUUCAAAAUUUCUUCCUUGUUUCGUAUUUCUUGGCUCGAUGAAUCACAAUCUCUGGCAGUGUUUAUUCGUGAAUUUUGAACAACAAUGACCAUUUUCCUUGCGCCUAAAGCAAGCUAAAUAUAAUCGCUCUCGAUAAAAAUGGAGCAAAAAAUUUGGCAGCAGCAUUCGUGUCGUUUGUUUUUCCUUUGAUACCCGAACACGGGAGCCAAAAUUCCGCACCGCUGGUAUUUCGCCUGCGAGGUAAAGGUCAUCAUGUUGUCGCGAGCGGGGCGCAGCCUCAGUCACGGAGGGUGCAAGCCGGCUUUAGUUGGUUCAGUGCCCUCGCGAGCGUCGCAUCAAAGUCGAAAAGACAACUGGCGAGUUGUUGUCCGUGAUCGCGAAGUGUGAAAAUUCGCCAACCGUGACAGCAUGAGGCGCUCGCCCAGUCCCACCGCCGACCCCGGAAAGUCUCCUAUUCCACCCCCGAGAAGCCCAGUCGGCUCCUACGGCCAUUACAAGGCGGUCCAGCCCCGACUGGGCCCUCUCUCCUCCACUUAUCUUCCAGCCACCAAUCUGCCGAGGCAGACGUACGCGAGCGCUCUGUCCGGCAUGCCGUUCCAGCCGCUCGGUCGGCCCAUCCAGUACAUCAAGCCGCCUCGCUCGACCCCGUUGCCCGCGUCGGACGGGCCCACGCGGCCCUCGACCCUGCAACCCUCACCCGGCGUGCCCGAGGAGCGCACUCUAACGCCUGGCCACCGUGCCCCCUCUCCUUCUUUCAUGGACCCCAACUACUGCCUCUGCUGUCCGCCGAACGACCUGCGCUUCUCCGACGCCCUGCGCGCCAAACCACGUGUCCCGUUGCGCCGACCCUUCAUCGUAGGAGGAGACAGUGACCGAGACUACAUCGGCUUCGCAACUCUGCCGGAGCAAGUGCACAGGAAAUCUGUGAAGCGCGGCUUCGAGUUCACCCUGAUGGUGGUCGGCGAGUCGGGACUUGGGAAGUCAACGCUCGUCAACAGCCUGUUCCUCAGCGACCUCUACAAUGACCGAGUCAUUCCUGAUGUCAGCGAUCUUGUCGCUCGGACAACAGCGAUCUCCAAGCAGACCAUGGACAUCGAGGAGCGAGGCGUCCGGCUGCGGCUCAGCGUGGUGGACACGCCGGGUUUCGGUGACGCGCUCGACUGUGACGACAGCUGGAGGGCAGUGUGCACAUACGUCGAGCAGCAGUUCAGCCAGUACUUCCAGGACGAAAGCGGACUGCACAGAAAGAACAUCCAGGAUAACCGCAUCCACUGCUGCCUCUACUUUAUUCCGCCCUACGGCCACGGCCUGAGGCAAUUAGAUGUGGAGUUCAUGAAGCGGCUGCAGAACAAAGUAAACCUGGUUCCCGUUAUUGCAAAAGCUGAUACCCUCACACCCACCGAACUGAAGAGACUUAAGGAAAGGGUUAUAGCUGACCUGGAGGAGAACAAUGUCCAGAUUUACCAGUUUCCCGAUUGCGACUCUGAUGAAGACGAUGAGUUUAAAAAACAGGACGAAGAACUGAAAAAGUGUGUUCCAUUCGCUGUAAUUGCUAGUAAUACAACCAUAGAAGUUAACGGCAAAAAGGUCAGAGGUCGGCAGUAUGCGUGGGGAGUUGUUGAAGUGGACAACCCACAACACAGUGAUUUUGCCCGUCUCCGCAGCUUCCUGGUGUCCACACACAUGCAGGACUUGAAAGACGUGACACACGACCUUCAUUAUGAAGCCUUCCGAGCCCAUUGCAUCGCACAAAUUUCGCAGCAAGCUAUUAAGGAGAGAAAGGGCAAACGUGACUCUUCCGGUCCAGUGUUGGACAUUGGCACAGAGACAGACCGGCUACUUCUGCAGAAGGAUGAAGAGAUUCGUCGCAUGCAAGAAAUGCUUGCUCAAAUGCAACAUAAGCUGCAGAAGCAAAGUUCAACUGGUUCACAAGGAAAUCUGCUCGACGAGCUCGCUGUCCCACCCAAUCAAAACCAACGGGACAGUGUUGUGGAUGUGUAACAUUCCGCCAAAAAACGCGUACCAAAAAGUUAAAAGAGUGAUUUUUCCAAUCAUCGAUCCACAGCAAUUUAUUGUUAUACUAUAUAAUGUGCACAACAAUUAUUUAUAAACCCCUAUACAAAGUGUUGAUUCCAAAAUAUGACGAAAAACUAAUAAUUGAGGGUUUUAAAUUUUGUUUCUCUUUUUUUCGAAAAUUCUUACUCGAAUGGAGAGGUGUAUAAUUCUCAGUAUUGAUUGCGAUCUCAAUUAAAGUGGCAAAUUGUAAAAUAAUAUCGUUCAAAACAUUUAGUGUCAUGCAAACUUCUAGUCGAAGCAAUUAUUUGCGAAUUUUUAUCCAGCUAAUUUAUUAUAUUGUGAAUAAUAAUUGAUGGAGAUAACUUGAGACGUGUAGUUUCAUGUAUUAAUUUAGACUUUUAUUGAAAUAUGUAUUUCAAGUAUUGGGACAAUUAAAAAUCAGCAAAUUAAA